AUGAUUAGAAACAUCUUUAAUAAUCAAUCAAAGAGCAUUCUUUUAAAUGCUAUAAAGAUUAAUAAUAGUUCAAAGAGUUUUGCAACAGUAUCAGGAGUUGUAGACAAGUUUAAAUGGGAAGAUCCAUUAAACCUUGAACAUUGUUUGACCGACGAAGAAAAGAUGAUUCGUGAUCAAGUACAUAACUUUUGUCAAGAAAAGUUGAUGCCACGUGUUCAAAUGGCUUAUCGUGACGAAAAGUUUGAUCGUAAUAUCAUGUCAGAGUAUGGUGCUAUGGGUAUGCUUGGAGCUACCAUCCCAGAGUAUGGUGGUGUCUCUCACGUUGCCUAUGGUUUGAUGGCAAAUGAAGUCGAAAAGGUUGACAGUGGUUACCGUUCUGCCAUGUCUGUACAAUCAUCUCUUGUCAUGCAUCCCAUCUUUACCUUUGGUACUAGUGCUCAAAAACAAAAGUAUCUCGAUGGUUUGGCUAGUGGUCAAUUGGUUGGUUGUUUUGGUCUCACUGAACCAAAUGCUGGUUCUGAUCCUGCUGGUAUGCAAACUAGAGCAAAAAAGCAAGGAGGAAAAUAUAUUUUAAAUGGUACCAAGACAUGGAUUACCAAUUCACCAAUUGCUGAUGUAUUUGUUGUUUGGGCCAAGGAUGAUAAUGGAGAUAUUCGUGGAUUUGUUUUGGAAAAGGGAAUGAAGGGAUUGUCAGCACCAAAGAUUGAAGGUAAGUUGUCGUUGCGUGCAUCGAUCACUGGUAUGAUUGUAAUGGAAGAUGUAGAGGUGCCAGCCGAGAAUAUGUUCCCAGAGAUCAAGGGUCUCCGUGGUCCAUUCUCGUGUCUCAACAAGGCUCGUUACGGUAUUGGAUGGGGUAGUUUGGGUGCUGCCGAGUUUUGCUACAGCACCGCCCGUCAAUACGGUUUGGAUCGUAAGCAAUUUGGCAAGCCACUCGCUGCCAACCAAUUGUACCAAAAGAAGUUGGCCGAUAUGGCCACCGAGAUCUCAUUGGGUCUCCAAGCCUGUCACCAAGUCGGUCGUCUCAUCGACAGCGGUCUUGCCACCCCAGAACGUAUCUCUCUCAUCAAGCGUAACUCUUGCGGCAAGUCACUCGACAUUGCUCGUCAAUCACGUGACAUGUUGGGUGGCAACGGUAUCGCCGAUGAAUACCAUGUCAUCCGUCACGCUGCCAACCUCGAAACUGUCAACACCUAUGAAGGUACUCACGAUAUUCACGCACUUAUCCUCGGUAGAGCUAUUACCGGUAUUGCCUCUUUUUAA